AUGCCUCACGGUGCUCCGAAGAAGCCGUUUGAUGGGCAGCUUCACGACGUGAAGUCGAGAUGUUGGGGCAAAGUGAAUACCUUUGGUCAGAUUGCUUUGCGCUUCCAUUCGAACCCGACCAAUCUGGAAAAUUGGUUUCAGCAGAAUUCUUUGGCUGACCAAAGUGCGCGGUCGUCAUCGGAUAGUACCUUAGUGGAGACGAAAUCAUGUCUACCAACACCACGACUAAACAUUGCUAUUCAAAUCUGCGGAUCAAGAGGCGACGUACAGCCUUUUAUUCCAAUUGCAAAAAUACUUCAGGCGCCGCCAUAUGGACAUCGCGUGCGGAUAUGCACACAUCCUGUUUUCAAGGACUUUGUGGAAGGCAAUGGGAUAGAAUUCUUCUCCAUAGGCGGGGACCCAGAAGCUCUCAUGGCCUACAUGGUUAAAAACCCAGGACUCUUACCCAGCAUGGAAAGUCUCAAGGCCGGCGAUAUUGCCAAACGACGCAAAGAAAUGGGCGAAAUGGUCCAAAGCACGUGGCGCAGCUGCAUCGAAGCCGGCAACGGUAUGGGACCUCCUAUAACUGCCAUCAACGUCGACAACCCAGAAGAUCUAUUCAUCGCAGACGUCAUAAUUGCCAAUCCUCCAUCAAUGGGUCACAUCCACUGUGCCGAGAAGUUGGGGAUACCGUUGCAUAUGGUGUUUACUAUGCCGUGGUCCCCAACCAAGGCGUUCCAUCACCCGCUUGCUGCGAUGGACUAUGGAGAUGUAGAUCAUCGUACUGCCAAUUAUUUCAGUUUUGCGAUGAUGGAGUUAUUGACCUGGCAGGGGCUCGGAGAUCUCAUCAACAAGUUCAGGACACAUACUUUGAAACUGGAUCCAAUUAGUCCAAUGUGGGGAUUUCAGUUGGUGCAGAGGCUCAAGGUGCCAUAUUCAUACUUGUGGAGUCAGACUCUUAUUCCCAAGCCGGAAGACUGGCCGUCCCAUAUCAGCGUGACGGGCUUCUCAUUUUUGAAAGCAGGGCGUAACUACACGCCACCGCCAGACUUGGUGCAAUUCCUGGAGUCGGGACCACCACCAGUGUACAUUGGCUUUGGAUCUAUUGUUGUCGAUAAGCCUAGUGAGCUUACGAAACUGCUCUUUGAAGCUGUGGCGUUGGCGGGUGUUCGAGCAAUCAUUUCAAAAGGCUGGGGAGGUUUCGAGGCAGACCAGGUACCGGAUAAUAUCUAUCUCAUCGGAAAUUGCCCUCACGACUGGCUUUUCCAACGUGUAUCCUGCGUUGUUCAUCAUGGAGGCGCUGGCACAACAGCAGCGGGUAUCGCCCUCGGCAAACCUACAGUCGUCGUACCCUUCUUCGGCGACCAACCGUUCUGGGGACAAAUGAUUGCUCGCGCUGGCGCGGGCCCGAAACCCAUUCCUUAUAAACUAAUGACUGCAGAGAGCCUUGCCGAUAGCAUCAGAUUUGCAUUGAGAGACGACGUACGGGUAUCUUGUGAAAGGAUGGCGGCCGACAUUGCAGAAGAAGACGGCGCAACAGACACUGUCAAAGCCUUUGAGCAGCACCUCAAGAUCGACGAUAUGAGAUGUCAGGUCUGUCCUGGACGUCUAGCCGUGUGGCUCGAUAAAAAAACCGGCGUACAUCUCAGUAAUAUGGCUGUCUGCACGCUCGCCGAGAAGGGACUUGUACAUCCAAAGGAGCUGCGUCUGUUACGACAUAAGAACUGGUAUGUCCAUGAAGGCGCAGAAUCGCCUUUGAUUGGUGCUGUUGCUGCCAUGUCAGGGACUUUUGCCAGCAUCGCAACAGCAACCUCGGAUUAUUCCGAGCGUCUGAAGAGGCCGAACAAACCUGCAGAUUCUACCUCGCAACUCCCACGCAAACGCCAAGAUGAAGAAGCUAUUGACCAGCUAACCGGAAUUCCCCGCCCUAAUCCCACGCAGCUAGAAACAAUGGCAUGGCGCAUGGCAUUGAAGACUUACGAAGCAAAUGUGCACGACAAUUUUGAGAAACCGCCCGAGAAUUCCAAAUUGGCGAAGAUGCGGGCACGCAUCGCAGAAAAGAAGGCGAGGAGAGGUCGGGCACAUCAGAUUGUCUGCGCGACGGCACAUUACGGGAAGGACUUGACAAAGACGGGACUUCAAGCACCCGUCGCAUUUUUCUAUAAUGUUGCAAACGGCUUUCGGAAUUUCCCUUCUUAUGUCCUAAGAAAUGAAAUGAAUCGGCGACGAGACGAAAUCACUGGACUAGGCACUGGCCUUACUGUGGCUGGAAGAGAAUGUAUCCUAGGAUUCUACGAAGCCUUUGCUGGCGUCCUCUGUCAUCCAUACAUGGCCGCGCGACAAGAAGGUGCCAUUGGUGUUCCCAAGGGACUUGGUCGCAGCUUGUCCAGCUUCAGUUGCCACAUCCUAGCCGGUGUCUUUGCGGUCCCAGGAUACACGCUUAAAGGUAUUGAGGCUGCAUUGUCGAAACACAGCACUACGGAUUUGCAGGCCGAACUUUAUCUUAUACGACUACGACAAGCGAUUCACGAUAAGAGUCAGACGACACAGGAAGAAAGAGCGGAGGUGGUGGAGAAGUGGAAGAAUUUACAGGGACUUGCAGCGUAA